AUGAUUCCACUUGUUGUAGAUGCUAGAGUAGCACCACCUCCUGUUGGUGCUGGGGUAACAGUUCCGGUCGCCGCCACUGCUGUUGCCAAUGCUGCCAUUGCUGCCGCAGCUGCCGCCAUACUUGCUGCCGCACCCACAGUUGCACCUGCCGUCGCCCCUGCUGAUAUACUACCAGGAGUUGUGGUCGCUGGGAGGCCGGUUCACCAGUUAGUGGAUCAGUUCUUAAAGAUGAAUCCGCCAAAAUUCACGGGUACUGGAGACUCUGAGGCCGCGUCUCUGUGGGUACAUGAUUUGGAAAAGGCGUUUGCACUUCUGAUGUGCAAUGAGGAGGAAAAGGUGUUACUAGUUAUGUACCAACUUCAAGGUAACGCCAAUAUAUGGUGGAGAUCCGCCAAGGAUAUAGUAUUCCCGGAAGGUGUGGUCCAAGUGUGGGACGCCUUCCUUACCGCCUUUAAUGAUCAGUAUUUUUCGAGUACUACUCGGGAACAAAAGAUAGAUGAGUUCUACCGUCUCUGCCAAGGGAGUAUGACAGUUGACCAAUAUGGGGUCAAGUUCGCAGGAUUGUCACAGUAUGCUCUUAAAUUGAUAGAAGACCCUGAAGAGAAAGCUCGGAAGUUCAAAAGCGGUCUUCGUACUGAAUUGAAACAACGUCUGCUACCAUGGGACUUGAAAGAUUACAGAGGUUUAUCGUUGAGCCCAGAUGAUAGAACGAGGAUUGAAUGA